GUGGCUCUGAAUAGGGGCUACAUCCAUCCUCGCAUUCUGGCGUCUAACUCAUGUGGCACAUCGUUUAUAUAAACCGCCCUCAGUAUGCUCUAUUGGGGGGGAUGCAAGGGCUGCCAGGCUUCUGUUUCCACAUUCCUUUCCAGUCGCUCUUUUACAGCUUAGAGGCCCCAGUGCCCCUGUGAUUUACAAACAGACUUGCACUACGAGUUCUGUCGGUUAUUGCUCUUGUGGCUUCAGGGAAGCUCUUCGUUUCUUAGUGGAUAGGAUACCACUUGAGGACGACUCUCGUUAUACUCCUGCGCUCUUGAACAUUCCACAUCACCCCUAGCUGCCUUUUAUCUUUACGGUGACCUAUAACCGACAACUGUCACUAUGCGACCCCAUCUCUCGCUCCCCCUGGUGGGCGUGUUCGCUUCUGUCGCACAAGCCCACACGGUCUUCACCACCCUAUUCAUAAACGACGUCAACCAGGGCGACGGCACCUGCGUCCGCAUGCCCAUGGACCCGGACACAUGCACGAAUCCCAUCGCCGGGCUGCAAAGUCAGGACAUGGCUUGUGGCCGCGACGGGCAAAAGGCCGUAGCAUUCACCUGCCCAGCCCCAGCAGGCGCCAAGCUCACCUUCGAGUUCCGUGAGUGGGCCGACGCCUCCAACCCAGGCGCCAUCGACAAGUCCCACGCGGGCCCCUGCGCCGUCUACCUCAAGCGCGUGGCCGACAUGGCGACCACCCCGGCCGCCGGCGAUGGCUGGUUCAAGAUCUGGGAGUCCGGGUACGACGCCGGCGCACGCAAGUGGUGCACCGAGAAGCUCAUCGACAACGCCGGCCUGCUGUCCGUGGCCCUGCCGACGGGUCUGCCGACGGGCUACUACCUCGUGCGGCCGGAGCUGCUCGCGCUACAGAACGUCCAAGCCGCCGACCCGCAGUUCUACGUCGGCUGCGCCCAGCUGUUCGUCCAGGGGGCUGCUGAUGCCGCUGACACGCUCAACGUCCCCGCCGACAGGCAGGUCAGGAUCCCGGGCCACGUGGCGGCGGGCCAGGCGGGCGUCACCUUCGACAUCUACGCCCGGCCCCUGGCGCUGCCGUACAAGAUUCCCGGCCCGGCCGUGUACUUCCCCUCCUCCAGCAGUAGCCCCCCGCGGCGCCGCCGCCUCCACGCCGCCGACCGCCGAGCCUCGGGCCAAGCCCAGCAGACGCAGGGCCGGAUCCCGGCCGACUGCCUCGCCAAGAACGCCAACUGGUGCGGCCACGAGGUGGCCUCGUACCGCGGCGAGGCCGGAUGCUGGGCCGCGUCCGAGGCGUGCUACGACCAGCAGGCGGCGUGCUACGCGUCUGCGCCGCCGACGGGCUCGGCCGGGUGCGAGGCCUGGGGCCGCAAGUGCGACGGCAUCCAGGCCGCGUGCGGGGCCGGGAGGUUCGUCGGCCCGCCGGCCGUCGCGGCCGGGGAGCUGAAGGUCGCGCAGGCGCCUGUGCCGGGGGCGAUACCCGAUGCUGAGCCCGUGGUUGUGGUGGCGGAGGAGGAUAGUGGCGCGUCGGCGGGCUCUGCUGCGGCGUCGAGUGCCGCCUCCACCGCUGCUACUGUUACUGCCCCCGCUGCUGUUACUGCCCCCGCUGCUGUCACCGCCCCUGCAGCUGUCACCGCCCCAACUGCUGUCGCCACCUCUCCUGCUGUCGCCGCCCCCCCUGCUGUCGCUGCCCCUGGCCACCGUUGCCUAUGGCGCUGGGCUGCUGUCACCGCCCCCGGCCACCGUUGCCGAUGGCGCUGGCCUGGGCUGUGGUAGUGUGGUUCGCUGAUUCGAUUCUUGGCCCCUGAGGCCUGGUGACUUGAGCGUAGCCUACGGCUUUCGCUCCAUGUACAACCUUUUGGUGGGCACGGACAGGCGUGUUUGUAGCUUGACGCAGUUUUAUUCUCCAGAGACCCUUGGGUCGGAUGGACAAGUCUCGAUUCUUCUGUUCCCAAGUCGUCAACAUACAGCUACGAGGGAUAAACUUCAAACAUGGACUUAUCAUCAGAUACACCCAUAUUCGUUUUCGAUUCAACGAUGCAGCUUUUUUUGUAUUUAAAAACCUAACAAUAGACGGGUGA